GUUUAAAGUAAUACAUUUAGACAUAUCUCUAAAAGCGAAAACGACAUCUUUCUAGUGGAUUAUCUGGAAUUUGUGGUUAUCGAGAGAAAAUAAAAUGACGGUUGUUUGUCCACGUUUAAACCCCUUUGCCUUGGAUCCAAUCGUAAUUACGUCAUUAAAUCAGUACGAACUACGCCUUUCAACUUACGACAGAACACCAGGAACGGAAGUGACACUUACCUGCGUGGACGACCUUCAAAUUCAAGGUCAAAGUGUUAUCACGUGCCAAGAUGAUGGAAACUGGAAUUUUGAAUCACGGCCAUAUUGUGCAAAGCCGUCAAUGUACGAAUACCCUACCGCUGAUGACCCCGUAACCUCUGACCUUCCCGAGAACGCCAAGAUUUUGAUUGGUGUGCUGGUUGCUGUGACGUUCAUUGUUACCAUCAUUCUCGUCUAUUUCAGUUGCCUUAUUCGCCGAAAGAUGAAAGAGCUGCAAAAACAUCAGCGGCUGAGGGAAGAUUUUUCCCCUGCAGAUCAUGAUAAUAAAAGAAAUGGAGGAUCACUUUUCAUGAACAACAUUGCCCGAGGCCAACAAGCUCUAUAUGACUACGAUUACAUGGACAUAAGCGGCAACGAUUCUUACGUCAACGACAACAGAAACAACUCCACUGCAAGAUCACUCGCUUCAAGCUCCAAAAGAGAUGCCACGACCCAAAGGUCCAACUCCAAAAGGGACACGAACACUCGCAACAGUCCGAAACCGAAAAUCAAACUUACCAACAACAGACAGAAGGUGCGAAGACACAGCGAGAUUCUCCGAACCAAAAACAACAACAGCAACCAGGACGGACAGACGACUCUUACCGACAAAGACAGAGACACCUCGAAGGUAUUUUUGAAUGUUAACUUAGGACUCCGUGGAGAUUCUAAGCGUCUCAAUGGUAAAAGACAGAGGAGUCUGAGCGAAGAAGGACGGAGAGACACUGAGUUGACAGUUCCUUCUGUCAGCCCGGAUAACUCGAAAAUCAACAAAGGUAGCAACCACACGAGCAGCAUAGCCCCUAUAUUCGCCAUUUCUGGAAGAACGAAUGGUUCACUACAUAGAGGAUCAAUAUCACUCGGAGAGGAAGACCACCGCCAUACAGAUCUGACAGAAAUCAACACGGACGCAAUGAGCUAUGGAAGAGAUCCAUUCUUGUGGAAAUCAGUUCCACGUGACUGGAACUCCCAUUAAAACAACACACACAGAAAGGUCGUCAUCAAGCAGAGGACAAUUUGUUUUUGGUUGUUGAAUUUUACCAUGCACGGUGACAAUAUAAAUAUCAUUAUUGUAAAGCAUUGUGAUAUAUUAAUUGAUUUUGUAUACUUGUAUUUAAAAGUCAUGGCAUAGAUAUCCAUUUUUUGUGUAAAGUUGUAUUUACAUGCACAUGUAUCUAAAUACUGAUUUGUUCUACGAUAUUGGUUUUCUUAUAAUGGUAAUCAAUAUUUAUAUUUAUUUGUGAUAUAUGUGGUUACACAUGAUUGAAAUCAUGUUUCUAUCACCAGGAACUAUGAAUGCAGUUGCUGUUAAAAAUGAAAUUUAA